AUGUUUCGCACUCCGUUUCCAAAAAUAAAACCUUUGGUGGAUGAUAACUCUACGUCAAAAGUAUUUCGACCAGAUUUAAAUAUUGGUUUGAUAUGUCCAGAAUGUAGAAAUUCUCAAGCAAAUUUGAUUGAAAAAUACUCGAGUGGAGAUAUAGUUUGCGGAGAUUGCGGUUUAGUCCUUGCAGCUCGUAUUAUCGAUACAAGAUCUGAAUGGCGCACGUUUAGCGGCGAUGAUAAUGAUCCGUCUCGAGUUGGUGCAGCAGCAGACCCAUUAUUGAAGGAUUCAGCUUUGAAAACAAUUAUUUCAUCAAAGGGUCGUAAAGGUCUUACUAGAACACAUUAA